GGGGCAUCUUCACGCAACAGAAUAUGCCGAUGCCUGACGAGAAUUUUGCGACUGCGCGGCAAGUGCCUGCAGUGCCUGAUGAGUACGACGAAUCUGCCGCUUUGCGGUAUCUGCAAGAUGAAUUAUCUGGUGAUGGUGUGAAGCACCAAGAAGUGCAAGGACAUCCGAACACAAGCGCAGGCGCUUGUGUGGCCGCAACUCUACGGGAGGAGCGGAACUUGACUAGUACUGCAGCAAGGGUCAGCUCGGCGUCAGCGACGAGUUUAGGACGACCAGGCGACGCAAGAACUGACGUAUUUCCUCCGGAUGCAGUUGAACAGUCCAGCUUUGGGAUUAGGCGGCACCAGCUGAAUAAAGACAGCUCUAGUUCGUUCUCAGCAGAAGAGCUGCCACUGCGGCCGCCCAAGUAUGAACCUCAGUGGUACUUGCAAGCGUCUUCCCCCGGCCAAGCGAUGACUCAAGAACCUGGACAACACUUUGCAGACGCGAGUGACCAGACCAGCAUCUGCGCUCCUAUGCAGCAGCAAGUUCCGUUACAACCGAACGGGACGAUACUGCCAUCGGCCGAAGAUGUGCGGGAGAUUAAGACAUUUGAGCAACGGGCCCACGAGUUGGCAGCAAGUG